CGGAGCCGUUCCCGGGGCCGGGCCCGCGGUGAAGCCGCGCAGGGGCCGUUGGCAGCCGAGCGACCCUCGUCUCGCCUUCCCCGGCGCGGAACGCUUUGAGCCCGGAACCUUCCGUCCGUCCGGCGGGGAAAGGAGGACCGAGAAAACGCCGGGAGCGACGUCGCCCCGCCGAGGCGGCUGCUGGGGAACGCCGUUGCGCAGGUUUUUUUCCUCUCCGCCAUCGCCUCGCCGGUCCUGGCUAUGUACCGGCAGAGCUUUCGCCCCCCGACGCCUCCGUACGCGGCCGGCGGCUUCCGGAGCCCUCCCGCCGGCGGAGGCCCUAUGCCGCCCUCCCCGCGGGGCUACGGGAGCCCCCACCACACGCCGCCCUACGGCCACCGGCCUGGGCCUUACGGUGGCGGCCACUCGCCCCGAGGCCACGGUUUCCACGGCGGCGGCGGGCGGUUCGGGAGCCCGUCGCAGGGCGCGCAUACCCCGCGCAGGCCGCAGAGCGUCAGCCCCCGGUACCCGGCUCCCUACGGCGGCAAAUCCCCGGCUGGAGCUCCCCAGCACCCGCAGCAGCACAAGCGCUCGCCCGGGGGCUUCCAGAGGCACCACCAGGGAUCACCCAGGACAUCUACUCCAUUUGGUACAGCGCAUGGCAGAGAGAAAAGAGUGUCUAAUGAUGUGGAAAACUAUUACAGACCUUCAAUGCUUGAGGACCCAUGGGCUGGCCUAGAGCCAGUUUCUGUUACAGACAUAAACCAACAAUACAGCAGUGAGCAAACAACAUAUACUGGUAAAAAAGGGAGGUAUUUCAGCUAACACUUUUAAAGGCCAAAUAAGUCCAUCCCGUCAGGAAAACUUUGGGACAGAAUCUUUAUACUUACACAAGAUGAACAAUAAUCAAGACCUUAGAUGAUGGUUUUAUUUUAUCAUAUGUCCACCCUUUUAUCCUACUUUUUUUUUUUAUCGCAUUGGAUAUUUUUAUGUAUGGGAGGGAAAAGGAGUGGUAGGAAAACGUACAUUUCUGGCUACGUGGAAGUGCCUACCAGCUUUGAAGAACAAAGUGUUCUUUAAUCACCAGCGACCGAUUUGUGACUGUUAAAACAGGUUUUCAUAUAUUUACCUCUUCCAUGUGAGAUUGUUAGCCUUUUAUUGUAAACUCCUUUAGGAAAUGGUAUUUUUUUAUGUUUCAGCGUUUUUAGAAUGAAGUAACUUGGAAAUAAAAUAAAGUUUUGUAAAUCCUUGUUUUGUAAUGUAUAAGGAUUAUUUUAGGACUUUUGUUAAGGUGUGCACACUAGCACAAAUAGUACUAGUGAAAUUAGGUGACUUCUGUAAAUGUACUUGUAUGCUGUAGUUAACCUCUGAUUUUGUGCAUAGUGUUUUUUGUUAAUUAUAGCAUAACAUAAAGUUGAAACGUUACUUUUAGCCAUCUCAGGAAACAAAUGUAUUGUCUGUGGAAAGUUUAAUUUGUUGAACCAGCUCUUGAGUCAUAAAAAGAUUUCUGUAAUCAUUUUCAUUUGUCUUAGGAAAAAAAACUUAUUUGAAACAAAAUUAGACAUUUCUGGAUUAUAGUAACAGGUCUGCUCAGUGGUAAUUUGAGCCUAAGGAGCACAUAAAACAUCAAGAUUAAAUAAACGCAGAUGUACUUUCUGGAUCCACCUGUUAGAAUAGCAUAGAGUGAAAGAAAGUGUGUAUACAAUUGACAUUAGUACAUGCAUAGCAUUUUUUUGUUUUUAAUCUGCACAAGAUUUUUCCAUUUUCUUUUAAUUACUUUUUAUUUUUACCUAUGGCAGGUAUCUUUGCUUGGAGAAGUCUUGCUUUGUGUGAGUGCAUGCUAUGUUUUUAUACUGAAGAGGAAAACAAUGAGUUUUUUUUAAAGCUUGUCUGUAUGUGGAAGAUCCAUUCUUAAAUCCAGUAGCUAAUAUUGUAAUCUAGAAUAAAUAACAAAUAGUUCCAGGUGCAGGCAUGUUCUUAACAUGCCAUGUUAAACCUGCAGUUGAUAUCUAAAUUUUUGUUGAACCUACUGUUAUUUGUUUGUUGAUCUUGGCUUUUAAGCAGUAGGUAGAGGGCAAAAACUUUGUUAAAAAUAAAUAAAAGCACUAGUUCAGUUUUCAAAACAUAUAUUUUGUUUUAAGGUUCUUACCUCCUUCACAGGAAACUUAUAUUUGUAGUCCUGAAGCAUGGUUAGGUAGAAAAGCACAGGGAAUCGCAUUAGGCUGUUCUUAGUAACUUGUCUUUUGCUGAGGUGGAAUAGUCCAGUAUACUUUAUCUGUUGCAGCAUAAAAUGCCUUGGCUUAAUAUCACCUUCAGGAACAUCUUCAGACUGGAAGCGGGGGUAAACAUGUUGAAAUGUGCUAGCUGACUCUCUUGCAGUUCUAUUACUGUAAUCUGAAGUUUGUCACUUGUGUCUUCCCCAAAUUGACCUUAUUGUGUUAGUAUUAUAUCCAAAAAGGCUGCUCAGAGAACUGAGAACAUAAUGCCUGCUUGAUAUAAUGAAUGGUUAAAUCUUCAUCCCAGAAGCAAAACUGUGCCUUAAAUGCCAGCUAUCAGUAUUGUUAUCUGUAACUGUACCAGCAAAACUGAGAUGACUUGACAGGCUGUAGAUAGUCUUUAGAAUUUAUAAAUCAAUUAAUGUUGUUGUGAAAAGUGAAGGUUUAUUUCCUAUUGUUUUUAACCUUGGCAGGUGCUGCAAAGCUCACAAAAAAAAAAAAAAGGUUACAAGGUCCUUAACCAAGUCAUCUUUUUUGUUACUAUUUCCUUUGUGGUUCAGUGCAGUUUUCUCUUUGCAAUGUUUGGUGAUCUUGGUGAAACAGUUACGAUGUUAUUUAAGAGGUUAAAGCUAUGGCAUGUUCCCAGUCAGACAUGAGAAGAAACUGAGUUUGGAAAGGAGAAAGGAAAGGAGAAGGAUUCAUGACAGAAGAGAGACUAUUAGAGGUGGGACUGCUUAUACAGUAGCUAAUAUUGGCUGCCCUUGCACAUUGCAAAGACGCAUUUUUCCACUUUGGCUUUGCAGCUGACCCAGGGAGCAAAGCCAGCCUCCUCUGGUAACAACUGUCAACUCCUGGAAGCGGGUGUCAGCAAUGAAGGUAAACGUUCCAGAAAGAGAAUUGAGGAAAUAAUUGUGAAACAUUGUUUAAUCAAUACAGGGCUUCCACAAUGCCAUCUGUUAAGCCGCUGCUCCAGUGCACUUCAGGAUAUGACCCAACAAUAAUAAGUACAUCAUUCUGCUAAAGACUCCAAUAAUUUGGUCAAGAAUCAGCAAGGAAUUUAAAUGUAGAUGUAAUAAACAUACUAACCUCAUCGUACUGCACCAAAAACUUUAAAAAAAUAUUCACAUUUCUGGGUUUUAGGAGAAAUUUUGUGAAUACAGUAAGAUUUCAAAAUGUCAUUGUCGAAUAGCUGUAAAAUGCAUGAACACAUGUUCAGAACUAUGAAUAUAAUGUACUUAAAGUCAAUUUAAGCUUUGCCUUUUUUGCUAUGAUAUCCAGGAAGCUUAAACACUUAGUUCCUCACUGAUUUUUCUCCCUUUUCUCAUAUGGCAAACAUUCUUUUUGCCCACAUGUUUCUCAUGGAGACAGGGUGUAUCACUUCCUCAUUUGUUAAUGAAGCCACUUCAUAGUAAGGGUAUGGCUCUGGAAAUAGUAUUUGAUGAUAAAGUACAGCACAAAUACCUCCUUUCCUCCUGAGCCCAUGAAACAAAAUAGUGCCUGUGUCCUGUUAACAAAGGGAUUCUUCUGUAGUGAACACACUAAGAAUAUGGGCAUUGUUCUUUUUUCAACAGACUUAGACUUUAAGGUAAGUCAUUUAGCUCCUUUUUGAGAAGUUUGGGUUGAUUUACUUGUUUUCCAUUCUGUUGUGUUUGUGUGUCAAGUCAGUUGCACUUUUAGUUCAAUUGUUUUGAAGGAGUUGUGUAACUCAUGAUUAACUCUUCUAGCAAAAAUAUAAUUUCAUUUGUUUGUGUUUACUACUAUGUUUAACAGCAAACUGCAUUGCUUAUCACAUUGUGGUAAUAUCAGAGAACUUAAAUCAGCCAAGUACAAUUCUGUGAACACGGCAACACACCAGGUGGGAAGUUACCCCAAGUUUUGUACUGUAAUACUUUAAAGCUAGUUCAGGUUUAAGUUUUUAUAGUGACUUUAUAAUACAGAUUGUUGAUUAUUCUCUGGCACUUUGGAUACACAUUUUUACAUUUAAAUUAUACAACCAUUUGGAAUGUUAAAAUUUCAGUUAAAACAGGACUUUUAAAAUGCAUAUCAAGCUGCUUCUCUUUAGAAUUAGCAAUAAGCCAUUGAGAUGUAGCAUUUUUCCAAUGUCGAAACAGGGAGCACUGCAGGGGAAAUGCUUCUGGCCAACAGAAUGCGUAACUAUUGCAGUCAGGUUGCUUUUCUUUCCUUGUUAAAUAAAUCUGUAUGUGUUCUUCACUGUAUAUAAACAUGUUAAUUAGACGUUUUGGGGGGAGCAUUUGAAAUGUGCAUCAUAUGGAAAGUCUACAAGUAGUGCUUUGGCUCCCUUCUAAAGAAGAGUUUUUGUGGUGUGGGUUUCAAGUUGUGCUUGUGAGUAAUGAAACUGAUGUCAGAGGAUUUACUCGUGCAACCAAGAUACGUAAGUAUCUAACAUUACACUUUGAAAAUUGUAUCAUACAUUUGUCAGUGCUUUUUACCAACUCUGCAAUAAACUGCUCUGUUUAGCAAUUGCUCUGAA